ACCAACUCCAACAAAUGAAUGAACCAAGUUCGUCAGAGUCGGAAAGUAAUUCGACAGGAAUUUCACAGUGGCAAAAACCAGGAGUGACUUUCGGAUGGGUUAAGAUGACAGUAAAGUCACGUUUCCAGCCUGCAUUCAUUUUCCCGAAGCCUGAAGGCGAAGAAAAGCCUAGAGCCCAGUAUAUUCAGUUGAAUGGAGAUCUAUCGGAUUUGACACAUUCGGUAGAGCAAGUAGCCACGCCAGCAGAAGUUGAAUCGGUUAAAAAAUCGAGAAAGUCGCAGAACUAUUUGAUCGCCAUCAAGAAAUUUAAUGGAAAAAAUAACUGCAAUUAUACACCAAAUGGUCCUCAAUUGUAGUACCGAAAGCAUCUAACUAUACUUUGUCUAAAUUGUCUUUCAGCUGUCACUUUUCUGAAAAUUAUUAG